CAGUCAUCCGCCGCACCCCGCCGCGCGCGCCCGUACACCGGCAACGCGCAUUUUGUAGUCCGUAGUUCACCUGCCACCGCACCAAAUCGACGACCGUUAUAUGACAGCCUAAUGGACGAACGGAGAGGUAGUCCAUGCAUGCUCGUGUUAACUUUGUGACAGUGGAGUGCAGUGUUGUGUCUAUGCCAUGGAGGAAGUUCGCAUUUCGGAUUGGCCUGAUCCACCCGGAUCGCAUGCAUGGCUGCCUGCUUAUGGUUUCCAGCAUGAACUAAUGGAUAAAGACGACUAUUUCUGUUCCAAUGGUGACAAUGGCAGUACCCAUGCUUUGUACCUCGAAACGAUAGUGGAAGAGACAAGCGAUGACUUACGCUCAGAAAGAUCUUCAGCUGCGACCUGGCUUUCUGAUUCAGAUGCUGACUCCGUCAUACAAGUCCGCGGGACAGCAGGUUCCGAGGACAGCGAGUCAGAGCGGGAGUGGGCUUGUCCUGCGAAGCGGAGACGGCGCGAGCGAGCAGCGUCGCCGGCCAGCUCGGGGUCGCUCUCGCGCUCCUCCAGCCUCGCCCAGUUCGAGUCCCUCGAGCGAUCCUGCGCCGCUCCCGUGUCGCCCAGCCUCUCGCCGGACUCCCUCGAAUCACCGCCCGCCUCACCGCCACCCACACGAGCGCCUGCGCCCCGCACGCAUCUCUCCGCCGAAAACCUCAGCGAAGACAGCGGCUACAGCGAGCGCUCGCGACGACCGCCGCCGCCCGCGCAGCGCCGCCCGCCAGAAAUAGCUCACCGGCCGCCCGCCGCCGGCAGCACGCCGUGUCUCGCCUCACCCAGUGCAGAACGCCGCCCGCCCAGAGCUGCGCGCGCUCUAUCGCUGCCCGCAGAGCUGGACGUGUGCGCCGAACCGCUGCGGCACGUCACACAUCGCGCACAUUUCCGGCAAACCUUCGAAGUCAGCGAGAGCCUUACCGUCAGCGUGGCCGACCUGACUGCCCUCGACUACCGUGGCGGCCCGCGCCGCCCGCGCUUACCACCGCCGCCGCCGCCGCCGCGCGCCGCCCGCCUGCCACUGCCUCCCCCGCCGCCGCCACCGGUAGAGGUCAUCACGAGAUGUCCGUCGGCGUCACCUUCGCCGGCCCGCGAGCCGAGCGCCGGCAGCGACUCCACCACGGAGUCGGAGCGCGCGUUUGCCCGGGAAAUGGAGACCACCGCGAAGCGUCUUGACGAAAACGCGCGAAGAGCCCUCGCGGAAAGUGGUGAUUUCGAUCGUGGACUGUCAGUGUUGACCGCGACAAGACUGCAAGAAUCUUGGGGCGUGUGGGACGAUGUGUUAGAUGAGUUAAGAAGACGAAUGGAACCCCAAUCCGCCACUCCUACCCCGCCGAGAACGCCGUCCCCGAACCCUAUUAGAGAACCAGCAUUUACUUCGACACCCUUAAGAUCGGGCGAUGCGCGAGUACGCUCUACCCCUGAAUUACGAACGCGAACGACACCGCAUCGUGAAACACCUGAAGAACUCCGCGCGUCAUUACAAUUAGUAGCGCCGCCUCCGCCCGGCUCGGCACCCCCGGCGCGCUCCGUGUCCGCGGGCUCUAAGGGAGUGACGUUCUCGCCGGUAGUAGCGGAAGUCAGCUGGCGAGAGACGAGCACGACCACAACAGAGAGCGAGACGACUUCGAGCGAUGACGCGGCGGACGCUGAAGUAGUAGUGGUAGUGGAGGGGGGAGGCGAGGAAACGCGCGCGCCGUCCACAGAGUGUUCCGCCGUCAUGACGGAUGCGGGCGCGCGCGUGCCGCGCAGCCGCAUCGCCGGCUUCCUCUCGCGGUUCGCGAACUUCCGAUUUUCGGGGCGCAAGGAGAAAAAAUCCCGGGGCGCAGGCGCGAACGGCAGGCCGAUCCAGACCGCGUCUUCGGCGGCAGACGCGGGGCAGGGACCGCGCGGGGCGGCCGCCGGGCCGCAAUAUGUGAGAAUCCCGCUGAAGGAGGAGGGUGUGUCGCGGGCCGCGGCGCCCCCGGUGCCGGGCGGCGUGGCGCACAAGCCGCCCCGGCCGCGCCCGCCGCCGGCCCCGGCGCCCGGCGUGCUGGAGACCGAUGUGGACACGCAGCGCACCGUGCUGCACGCGCGAUCCUUACUCGCGCUCGCGCCGCCCGACCAGCGCGCUCCUCGACCGCACAAGUCCAUGGAGUUCCUGCUCGACAAAGAGAGCGCACAGACUGUUCAGCCUCCAGAGAACGAAUUGCAGAAGAAUUCUGACCGCGUGCUGUCGGAGCACGAGCUUCGGGUACAAAGAUCGCUGCAGAAGCUCAAUGUUCCGGAAUGGUAUAAGAACGCGCCUGCCCCACGCGAGGGCUUCCUUCUCCGUAAGCGGUUAUCUGACGCGUCGGCAUCAGCCACGCGAUGGAGUGGUCUCAACUCGAAGACCACGUCUCUUGGUAGCCUGGGCGGUGCCAAUGCCCAGCCGCCUCCGCCUCAACUGUCUCCGCAUACGACCAGCUUCGGCCGGUGGUCUACUAGCAGGCUUAAUUCGAACCAAACUUCCCCGUGCUCAUCGACGCGCAGCAGCAUCCGAGGCACCAGUCCACUAUGCUCGCCCUCCGCCAGAUCUUCGUUUAGCGCGAGACAGCCCUACCUCGGCUGGCGGAGUCAGGAACGGCUGAAUAACACGCCGCGAACGCCGCAUGAAAGGCUAGCUUCAUCUCUCCUCCAGCAGUCAGCAUCUUCUAAAGCCUCCGAGGAGAUCCAGACGUCUAUCAAAGAGGUGACGUCUGCGAUAGUCCACUACGUGUCUGGGUUGGAGCCAGCGAACGGAGAUAUAGACAGACAACCCUCGCCUCGAUCCAGUCAAAAACUGUACUGGCUUGAGAGUUCCUUUGUUGGUACGAAACCUCUAGACUCGCCCCAGACACCUCUAGUAGUGUCCGAGGCGCUACCUCCCCCUCACCCCCGGCCGCCGUCUUCCCUCCGCCUCGACCACCGCGCGGCGCCCGACUGGCAAGAUUCGCAACGGUCCCUGAACCUGGGCAUAACUCGGCCAUCGCCGGGGUCGACGACCUUAGAAGACGUGCUGGACUCGCUGCUGGGCUUGCCUUCCCAACCCACUAGGAUACCAACUCCUCAACCUAGUCCUCGGAAAGCGACAAGCCCGUAUUACUUAAUGGGUGGAAAGAGCCCUCGGUACGAGCAGUUGGCUAGCAGCGGCCACAGCAGCAGCUCCCCUGCUUCCCGCUUUCUGGGCACUCCCAGCGAAGGUCUUAGCUCCAUAACUGACCCCAGUCCAGACCGACCAGGCAAGGAUAUAGUUGAUACUCCUGGAACGAUGCAAGAGCCGAGACGGUCGAGGUCGGCGCAAGGCGAGCACUCGCGCCGCAGGAGUGAACCCUUUGUCCAGCCCAACGCAACCUUUGACCGCCGCACCAGUCUUGAUGCAGCAGCCCUUAGACCCUCUGAGUCCCAACUCACCCACCAUGAUUCUAAAGCCUCCCUAGCCUCUUUACAGACAGAAAAUAGCACUGAUGAAACUUUCAUCAAAUGCAAAUACCCUAAAUGCACCUCCAGAGCUCCACUUGCGGAUGCCAAAAGACAUUACAAGACAUGUCAUAAUUGUUCCACUAUGUACUGCUCGAGGGAAUGUAGACGAGCACAUUGGGAAAAGCAUAGAAAGGUAUGCCUACAUUCCCGAGCCAGUGCACUAUGUCGACAGAUCAUAGCAGCAGCGAAAGAAGACGCUGAUUCCCUGCAUCAAAUCAGCACGAUAGCUCACAAAGGGUAUCUCGCACAGGGAAGAGGAGUUGUCAAAGUAUUUUUCACCAGUCCCGAGUCGGCAGAAAAGUUCACAACACAUGGAUACCAAUAUCUUUCCGAACCAGAAUUCGUGAAAUGGACAGCCCUCCAACCGAAUGAAAUGGGAGUAGAGUUAUACACCGAAGUGGUGAAGUUAUGCAAAGCUUACAAUCCAGAGACAAGGGUAAUCUUGUAUGUGGCUGUGUGCAUCAUCAGUGAGGUACCAACCAAGGGCGCAGUUAAGUGGGAGAGGCAAAUGGUGUCAAGAUGCGCUAAGUUGCGACUUAGUAAGACAGUUACAGCUGCUAUACAGGAGCAGAAUCGACGGCGUCACAGAAGAGACAGCAAAGGAACGCCGGAAGAUAGAGAAACGUUAAUUUUAACAUCUAAAGCCCCAGUGUUGCAAGGCGAAAAAAAUGCUGCGACAGCCCACAAAUUUAGAGAAAUUUGUUUUAGAAACAUAUCGAAUGAGUUGGAGAAGCGAGGCGUAGCACUGAAAAAGCAUUUUCCAGAAGUCUUCUCGCGUUUGGCAGCGUACGUGGACGGAACGAGCGAUAGGUUUAUUCCGAUGACAAUUUACCCAAAAGACGUGACUAGUGGCAAAUCCUUUAUGUGCGUGAUCAUGCCGGAUAGUGAAGUGGAAUGUGUAACACCGGUAGACGGAAAAGUUGUGACUAUCGAUGUUGGUGUGGACCGGUCGAGACAUCAGCUGUCAACCCCCAUGUGAAAAUGACAGCUUUCGCUAGUUAGUAUCAUUAGACUAUGCAUGAGAUCAUCGCCUGACGCUUCUCAAUUUGUCAUCGUUAUUAUAACAGAAAUCAAAAUAAUUCCGAUUUCUGUGGUAACGAUAACGAUGUUUUUUUUUUAAUUUACAUUAGAUCUCCUAUUAUGAAUCUCGUUUCUAAAUUUAAAUCUAAUGUGCCCUUCAAAUUUAUGAUUAUUUUCUAUAAUUACUUAUCUAACUUAUAUAUAUAGAUAAGAGAAAAUAAAUUUUCUGGAUAGCAUUUAUUCACAUUCCUAAGAAUUAAAAAAAAAAAUAAACAAAAUGAUCUUGCGACUCUUAAAAGUGAAAGCUGAUUGAUUACUUAUCAAAAGUUUUCGUAUAAUUAAAUAUACGAAAUGUUGGCAAAAAUAGUCAAAAACUUAGAAAAAUAUUUACUAUUCGACAUAUUAUAUUAGUCCGGAACUGAUGGUUAGAAAAUAUAAAAAGUGUUCUACAUAUUUAGUGCUUAUUAUUAUCAUUGUUAAUUUUCUCUUUAAUGAAUGUGCACUUAUUUUAGAUAAUUUAUGUAAAUUAUACAAUGUUGUGAAGCGUGUUACCGAAGUAAAUUUCUUCUAUUUAUAAGCAUUUUAAAUAUAUGUUAUUUAAGAAAUUGUUUCUGCAAUUUGACAAUAGUUUAAUUAAAUCCUAUUUGUUGGUAGCCAAAUAACUCAAAAGUAGGCUUUACUUAUUUAAAUAUGAAAUAAUUAAAACAAUAUGCUUUAAUGACUCAAAAAUCAAUUUUAUACAAAAACACUGCAAUACAUGCUUUAAAUGCAUGCGUGCGAAAAAAUUAAGUGUUUGUCUUUAGAUAGAAGAAAAAUAGUACCUAUGAACAUGA